AUGCCCUCGUCUCUUUCUGAUAGCAAUGAGCUUGGCAUCACCAAGCACGCCAAACACGGUGGGUGCGCCGUCAAGGUCAACACUGCUCCAUACGUUAACCCUACCAAAGAAUCACAAUCCUCCCUUCUCAAAAGAUUUGUCAGAAGCAAUCGAUGGACGCCACCAUGGUGUCGCCAACAACAAGGGCGGGAAUUUAGAUACAAUUCUGGUAUUGUCUUGCUAUCCGCCUUCGCCAGCGCCGUGGCGGCCGCCAACUUGUACUACACCUAUCCUGUCCUCAACAAAGCCGCCGACGAUUUUGGUGUCAGCUAUGAAAAGGCCGCUCUCAUUCCCCAGCUGUUGCAGGGCGGGUACGGCCUCGGCAUCCUAUUCCUCUGCCCCCUCGGGGACGUGUUUCGACUCCGGCCCCUCAUCAUCACCCUGACCCUUGCAACCACUUGCACUUGGCUCGGGUUGUGUUUAAGCUCCAACUUUGAGCUCUUCACCACCCUGAGCUUCCUGACUGGCUUUGUGACGGUGAGCCCUCAAAUUCUACUCCCACUCAUUGGCACACUCGCGCCACCGGCACAACGAGCCACGGCUGUCUCCCUCGUCUUGGCCGGCAUGAUGAUGGGCCUGGCAGUCCCUCGUGUCGUCGCUGGCAUCGUCACGCAAUAUACGCCCUGGCGUAACAUCUACUGGGUUGCUCUCGGCCUCCAGUGCAUCCUUGUUGCCCUCAUGUGGCUUUUCUUCCCCGACUAUCCACGACCAGACCCCAACAACACCCAGACCUUCUCCCGCAAAUACAUGAAUAUUCUGGGGAGCAUCAUCCGCAUGAUGGUCACACAACCGGUUCUGGCCUACGGCUGUCUUGUGACCUUCCUGGUCAACGCUGUUCAGGCAUCCUUCUGGACAACUCUGACAGCCCACCUCGCCGGCCCACCCUUCCACUUUGGACCCCUCCACAUUGGCCUCUUUUCCAUGAUCGGCAUCGGCACCACCAUCCUGAUCCCUGUGUACGCUCAUUUCGUGAUUGAACGGUUUGCGCCUUGGUUUUCGACCAUCAACGGACUGUUGCUGACCAUCGUGACGGUUGCCUUGGACUGCUACACCGAGAAUGUGCUGAAGAUCGGGGGGCCUAUACUGCAGGCAUUGGGCGUCGACUUUGGGGUACAGUUGGGAAGUGUGGCCUAUCGAGCGGCUGUGUACAAGGAGCUGCCGGCCAAUCGGGCCAACGUUAUUUUUACCGCCUGCGCAUUCAUCGGACAGCUGGUUGGUACCAGCAUCGGGAACACUGUAUAUGCCAGGAGCGGUUGGUCAGAUGUUGGAAUUUUCCACAUUGCGUUUGCUUUGGUGACGAUGGUGGUUAUAUUUUUGAGGGGGCCAAAGGAAAAGGGGUGGUUUGGAUGGACAGGGGGAGCUGGGCUGCGGUUGGAAAAUGGUGGUUCGAAACAAAAGGAGGAGGGUUCCGAGUCGGAUGACAAUUCGGCAAAAGAUCUCCAUGUUCACGAAGGGGCAGGAAGUGAUUGGUUACAGUUUGACGAGCUCCAGGGUGCCUAUGAAGACUGUGUAGUUUCUAGGGGUGGAAUUAGGCACCUUGGGCGGAUCAUCAAAGAAGUGUUAUCAAACUUGAUCUGGCAAGCCAGGCCCAAUGUGGAGGCAAGGAGUCAAGUGGUCAAUGCAGCCAUGGUUGGAGGCUUGCAAGACAAGGAGCAAAGGCGAGCAAUUAGGGUAACAGUAUAG